AUGAAGUUGUGGUUAAUUUUUGGUCUACUGCUAAUAAGCGGUUUAAUCUGUAAUGCCCAGUAUAAAAGUGGCGGCGGUGGUGGUGGAGGCUACUCUGGGGGAGGCGCCGGUGGUGGCUAUCCUAAAGGUGGCGGUGGAGGAGGUGGUCCCAUAGGUGGUGGCGGCGGUGGGAAAUAUGGUGGAGGUGGUGGCAGUCCUAGCGGAGGAGGAGGUGGUGGUGGUCCAUAUGGUGGUGGUGGUGGCAGUCCUAGUGGAGGAGGUGGUGGUGGUUCUUUCGGUGGAGGCGGUGGUGGCGGUGGUAAAAAAUACGGAUAA